UUCACCACCUCCAUUGCAUAUUCACCACCGAGCGCACCCGCCGGGUUCGCGAGAGUUACUUAUCCCGUGUCAAGGCUAUUUAUCCCGGGUCAGUGUGCUUAAAUGAUGAUGAUGAGGAGGAGUUGUGCCGUGUUGUGCUGCGCGGGGCGAACUUGGGGGGAGGAGGAAUAUGGAGAGCAGACCAAGUCUCUCCGCCGGAUACUGCGGCAAUCUUUGGAGAUGAUUAUUCGGGCUGUCACUCUUUAGGCGCGUGAGGAGCGAGACCUGGCAGCCAGCGAUCUCUCCUUGACAACCGGGAGGGUUAUGUCUGCCAACACCCCACAUUUCAUAAAUAGUGCGGGAAGGUGGAGCCCUUACGUUGUGGGCGCGUGUGUCCGCCGCAACAGCGACUGAACGAAGGAAAAUGCCACCCUGAGAUUCAAAUUUGAACAAAGGAAGCUGGCGAUAACCCUCGCGCUUUUGUGCUGUAACCGACGGAGUGAAGAUGAGACGCGAUUCAGAAUGUCUCUUCCUGAUUAUUGUCAAGAACAUGCUGUAAUGACACAUUUCGGCUGAUCAGAAAUGGGGGAGGGGGUGGUGCUCAUUUCUGGGGCGCGCCGCUGCUUAAAGGAAAGUGAUAAUGAGAUUUUUCUGAACAUUUUACCGUUUCUACUGUGAAAAGGAAGCGAUAAAACGUUAAGUCUAUGUUUAAGCGAUUUGUCGAGUUGUUAUAAUAAAAGGCCACAUAUAUCUAUACACACGUACCGUGACCGCAAGUAAAAACGAAAGCUACUUCGAUUGUAGGGCAGCUUUCGGUUGCUCUACAUUAAGUCACUGUUCUUUUUUCGGAGGUGCUGAAAUGCAGAGCCGUCUGUGAACAAGCCGCCCCUCCCCCACAGCACAGCACACCAUCGCGCGCAGCAGCAGAAUAGUAGGACGAGAGAGAGAGAUACGCGGCACCAGCGGCAGGGAAACACACCCGUCAACCGCGCGCCGAAGAAAAAAAAAAUCAGUAGAGACAAAGGAGAAGGGGAAAUGGAUGUGUGGAAGCAGUGUCCGUUUAAAACAGAAAUGAAAUGGAAGUGCUGGUCGCCGUGUACAUAACAGGGUAAGGUGUAAAGUGUAUUUUAAUGUGGUGGCGCGAGGCAAGGUACUGCAAGCUGAAAAGACGGAAAGCUGUUUUAGUCCGUCUGCGAUGGCUCGUGCAGGGGGAUGUAGCAGCAUACAGAAGAAUGUGCCUCUUUCCUUUUUGAUAUAUUUAUUUUUUAGUGGCCUUGCGUCUGCACAGGUUCGAUAUUCUGUUACUGAGGAAUUGGAACACGGAACUGUCGUUGGAGAUAUCGUGCAGGAUUUGGGGUUAGAUAUUCGAAAGCUACCCGCCCGAAACAUAAGGAUAAUCUAUACAAGCGCGACGCGAUAUUUCGAUAUCAACCCUAAAAAUGGGAAACUGACUGUUAAUGAAAGAAUCGACAGGGAGACGCUUUGCGAUUUAAGCGCCACCUGCUAUUUGAAUCUGGAGGUCGUGGCUGAGAACCCGUCGGAAGUGUACAAUGUGGAGGUGCAGGUACUCGACGCGAAUGACAAUGCGCCGCAGUUCCCCAGAGACGAAUAUCAACUGGAAAUAUCAGAAUCGGCUUUGCCUGGGUCGCGCUUUCCUAUCGAGAGCCCGCAGGAUCAGGACCUGGGGUCUAAUUCCGUCCGGCUGUACCAGCUGAGCCCAAACGACCACUUCGCGCUGGACUCCAACAAGCCCUCCCUGAACAGCAGACCGAUUGAGCUCGUGCUUAAAAAUUCUCUGGAUCGCGAGAAGGCGGCUUCCCACCAGCUGAGUCUCGCCGCGGCAGAUGGCGGCACUCCCGCCAGAACAGGUACUGCAAAAAUAUACAUUCGGGUCUUGGAUUCAAACGACAACGUGCCAGUGUUUGACAGUUCUGUGUACAAAGUGAAAUUGUUAGAAAACUCUCCUAAGGACACGCUGGUGAUUAAGCUGAAUGCCACUGAUCUGGAUGAGGGUUCGAACGGACAGGUGAUCUACUCGUUCAGCAGCUACACCCCGGAGAGGGUGCGCCAGGUGUUCAGCAUGGACCCCGCCACCGGCCAGAUCCGCGUGCGGAGCCAGGUGGACUACGAGGAGACCAGCUCCUACGAGAUGUACGUGCAGGCCAUGGACAAGGGGGCGGGGGCGGUGGCAGUGCACUGCAAGGUGGUGGUGGAGGUGGUGGACGUGAACGACAACGUGCCUGAGAUCGUCCUGUCCUCGCUGUCCAGCCCGGUGCGGGAGGACGCGCGCGCCGACACGGUGGUGGCCCUGAUCAGCGUGACGGAUCGCGACUCCGGCCCCAACAAGCAGGUGAGCCUGGAGAUCCCCCCGGGCCUGCCCUUCAAGGUCAAGUCCUUCAGGAACUACUACACGCUGGUGACCUCCGCCUUCCUGGACCGCGAGACCACCGCCGCCUACAACGUGACGCUCAGCGCCACCGACUCAGGGACCCCGCCCCUCUCCUCCCAGAAGACCAUCCAGGUGGACGUGGCGGACGUGAAUGACAACCCGCCGCGCUUCGAGCAGACGUCCUACACGGUGUACGUGGCGGAGAACAACGCGCCGGGCGCCUCCCUGUGCACGCUGCGCGCUCAAGACGCCGACGUCAACGAGAACGCCCGCGUCACCUACACCGUGCUCAACGACAACAACCACGGCGUUCCCGUCACCGCCUAUGUGUCGGUGCGGGCGGACUCGGGCGAGGCCUACGCCCUGCGCUCCUUCGACUACGAGACGCUGCGCGAGUUCCACUUCCAGGUGAAGGCGCAGGACGGCGGGGUGCCGCCGCUGAGCCGCGUGGCCACCGUCUACCUGUACGUGACGGACCAGAACGACCACGCCCCCGAGAUCUCGCACCCGCCCAGCAACAGCUCGCGCAGCCCGGAGACGGUGCUGAAGAACGCGGAGGCGGGGCAGCUGGUCACCAAGGUGCUGGCGUACGACGCGGACGCCGGGCGCAACGCCUGGCUGCUGUUUGCGCUGGAGCACGCCACCGACCCCGACCUCUUCAAGGUGCACGAGCACACCGGCGAGAUCCGCACCACCCGCAAGAUCGUGGAGGACAACUCCACCUUCUUCAGCCUGACGGUGCUUGUGCGGGACAGCGGGCGGCCCGCCCUGUCCGCCUCCGUCACCGUCAACGUGGCCGUGAUGGAGGUCCCGCCCAAGGUAGCGCCCGACCCGCGCAAGAUCGUCCGGCCGCACGGCACGCUGCUCUUCUCCAGCGUCACGCUCUACCUGAUCGUGGCGCUCAGCGCCACCACCUUCGUCUUCCUGCUGACGGUGAUGGUGCUGGCCGUGGUGCGCUGCCACGCCUACUGCGCCCAGGCGGGCACCUGCUGCCCGUGCUGCGUGUGGCAGAAGGCCGGGGGCACGGGGGGCGGGGCCAGCGGCCAGCAGACCAGUAAUAACGUGGUGCUGCGGCGGGACCUGAAGGUGGAGCCGCACUACAUCGAGGUGCGGGGCAAUGGCUCCCUCACCAAGACCUACUGCUACAAGACCUGCCUGACCGCCACCUCCGGCAGCGACACCUUCAUGUUCUACAACACGGGCUGCCCCCCCGGCGCCACCAUGGGCUCCGAGCGCUUCUUCACCGGCCAGAGUGGCCAGAUCCAAAGGCUCCUAAUGCAGACUGGCGGUACUCAGCCUCUCUUCGGGCGGGAAUGCAGAGGUCAGCACUUCCAUCUCCUUCUGGAUCAUGCAGCACGCUCGGUGCACAUGGAGGAGUCAUCAGUGAUGCAGGGAGCUCAGGGUGUUCUGGUGCAGAACUGGCCCACCGUGUCCAGCGCAGCUGGAGAUGCUGAGGGGGGUGAGGUGUCGCCCCCUGUAGGUGCGGGGAUGAACAGUAACAGCUGGCACUACCGUUACGGGCCGGGCCCAGGGUACCCGCCACAGGCCCUGAAGCCGGGCGAGGUUCCGGAAGCCUUCAUCAUCCCCGGGUCCCCCGCCAUCAUCUCCAUUCGGCAGGACCAGGGCGGGCCCGACGACAAGAGCGACUUCAUCACCUUCGGGAAGAAGGAGGAGGCCAAGAAGAAGAAGAAGAAGAAGAAGGGAAAGGAAAAGAAAGAGAAGGGAAAGGAUGGGGAGGAGGAAUAACACAUGCAUCUACUUCACACCCCACACUGCUCUGACCUGGAGCUGCUAUCCCCUUCCACACCACAAGGGGAGCCAUAGCUCCAAAAACACAAACAUUACAGUGCAUACACACACACACACACACACACACACACACUCACAUUUCUCUCUUUCUCUCACACACAUACACACACACAUACCCGUACACACUCACAACCCCAAUCUCGUCAGUCACGUGGUUCUGAAGAACCUAUAUUCUCACACCAAUUCUGAGACUUAAAGAUACAAAAGAAAAACGGUUGAACAGAAGCAGGAAACAGACUCUCUCUCUGUCUUACACACACACAGGUAAAGACAGGGUGGUCCCUGAUAAUGGGGUGUGUAACCCACCUGUACGGGACUGUAUGUAAAGUGUAACGCCUGGAAUGAUGCUGCUCUCGUCUGUUUAUUUACGUUCACCCCGAAUCCCUCGCUUCUGUUCUGAAUAUUUGAUAGUUGUGCGUAAUACCUCCCUCUGACCAGAGAGAUUGGUAGUACAGAGAGAUUGCCAUUCACCUGUAUACACCUCUCUCUCUCUCUCUCUCUCUCUCUCUCUCUCUCUCUCUCUGUAUUUACCCAUUGAGCCGGUAAGGUAAGGGGUCGACUGUUUUAGCCUAAUCAUGGCACCUGUGCUGAAGGGCAUUAGUGAGGCGCCCCCUAGGGAGGAGAGGGGCAUGGCGUGGUAAGGCUGUAGAGAACAGGGCCCGCUAUGACUGCUAAUGACCAGCAGGAUACUGAGCCAUGCCUACUCACAGGCCUGUGGGUUAGAGGAGAGCACAGUAACGUCCACUCCCAAAAUGGCUGACACCCUCCUGCCCACUCACAGGCCUGUGGGUUAGAGAAGAGGACAGUAAUAUCCACUCCCAAAAUGGCUGACACCUUCCUGCCACUCACAGGCCUGUGGGUUAGAGGAGAGGACAGUAAUAUCCACUCCCAAAAUGGCUGACACCUUCCUGCCACUCACAGGCCUGUGGGUUAGAGGAGAGGACAGUAAUAUCCACUCCCAAAAUGGCUGACACCCUCCUGCCCACUCACAGGCCUGUGGGUUAGAGGAGAGGACAGUAAUAUCCACUCUCAAAAUGGCUGACACCUUCCUGCCACUCACAGGCCUGUGGGUUAGAGGAGAGGACAGUAAUAUCCACUCCCAAAUGGCUGACACCUUCCUGCCCCUCACAGAUGUCACAUUUUUGUAUUCCUCACGUGAACAUGGGUGCUCUGGAGAAGAGUGUCUCCUAAGUGAUUGUAAUGUACUGUAGUGACUGCUGGUGAAAAGAGAGAGAACGGGGGGGGGGGGGGGGGGGGCGCGUACCUUGUGAAUAUUGCGUCUUAACUUACACUUAAACAUUUUAAAUAGUGAAAGGGGGGCUGAUUUGAGGGUGAGCUGCCUGGCGCUAUCCGUGAUGCUUUAUUUGAUAACAUGCUGAAGACAGGAGCGUGUAAAUGUAUUUAACUGUGCGGUCUCAUAGCUGCAGAGGCACAGCACUACUGGCAUUCCACAGCACAUGCCCAGCUCUCCGCCCCCUCCUCUGCCCUCUGUGCUGACCAAUCAGAGAGGAGAGGAGUGAUGUCACCGCUGCUGUUGGUUUGGCUCCGCCCCCUGUGGUCUAGUGCUGUCAGAUCGGACUGACUGUUUGCAUGUUAUAAUCAGAAGAUACAGAAACAAUAUAUAGAGAUUAUGUAUAUAUAGAUAGUUAUGUUCAUGAUUUUAUCUUUCAUUAAUCACACAUUCAGAGACAUAAACAUUGUCUCUGCUGUCCAACAUCUUUCACACCCACAGGAGCUUCUGCUGUCCUCCUGUUGACGUUAACUUUGACUAACCUUCUACAUAUAUGUACAACUAUAGUGUUAUGCUCUCAAAUGCAAUUUUACUUUUUUAUUUGAUGACUUCAUGACUUUUGAGAAUUAAUAAGAAACAUGUUUUUGUUAAGCUUUGAAAUGAUGAUCUUAAUACCAUUGUAAUGUGAAACUGAACAAUGUAUGCGCUUAAUGAGAAAAUAUCUUUCCCUCCCCCAUUUGAAAAAAAGGAAAAAGAACCAAAAAAAUUCAAAGAAGGAAAAAGCAAAAAAAAAGAAAAGGUGUGUGUCUGCCUGUGCUGUGAACGCUGUGUGGUGUCCGCUGUGGUCAGCUGACCGCGGCUCAGCAGGGCUCUGACCUGCUCAUCUGUGUCCUGCUCACUUCGUGAUUUUUAAUUUACUUUGAUUAUGGAUACUGGUAAUGUGCUGUUUAUAAAUCACCAAUAAACUUUUCUUUCUUAAAUAUGUGAAGGAA